GCUUCCUGCCAUCCGGCAACCAGCAUCUGCGUGGUUUAGCAGGGAUAGCUAGCUGAUCAUAUUUAGCAAAAUUACCACCAGUAAAUAAAACAUAUCCAUUGGAUUACUUCUGGAAGCAUGUCGUACCACGAAGAAGAGGAAUACGAAGGCUGCGCGAAUGAGCCGGACCUUCACACUGGUGAUCCGAAAGCCGACAUGGCCCAUCAGCGGCGGUAUGAGCGUCAGUGUGAUCAGCAAUAUGAUCAGCAGCAUGAUCAGCAGUAUGAGCAGCAGACCUACCACGUUAUCCCAGAGGUCAUCAAGAAUUUCCUGCAAUACUUCCAUAAAACCAUCUCUGAUUUAAUCGACCAGAAGGUCUACGAGCUGCAAUCCAAUCGCGUGUCCAGCGAGAGUAUUGAACAGAAGAUCUAUGAGAUCCAAGAUGUCUAUGAAAACAGUUGGAACAAGCUGACUGAUCGCUUUUUCAAGACGUCUCCUUGGCCAGACGUCAAGUCUAUUUCAGCACUUGUUGGAAACGACGCCGUCUUCCUCAUUCUCUAUAAAGAGCUCUACUACAGACACAUCUACGCGAAAGUCAGCGGGGGACCCACUUUACACCAGCGGUUUGAGUCCUACUACAAUUACUGCAACCUCUUCAACUACAUUCUGAAUGCUGAUGGUCCUGCUCCCUUGGAACUACCAAACCAAUGGCUGUGGGACAUAAUUGAUGAAUUUAUCUAUCAGUUUCAGUCGUUCAGUCAGUACCGCUGUAAGAUAGACAAGAAGCUGGAGGGCGAGAUUGUGUCCCUGCAAAACAACCCAAAGAUCUGGAACGUUCACAGUGUUCUAAAUGUGCUCCACUCCCUUGUUGAUAAAAGUAACAUAAAUCGCCAGCUUGAAGUCUACACUAGCGGAGGGGACCCUGAGAGUGUGGCGGGGGAAUAUGGGCGCCACUCCCUCUACAAGAUGUUGGGUUACUUCAGCUUGGUGGGCCUGCUGAGACUGCACUCUCUGCUUGGAGACUACUACCAAGCCAUUAAAGUGUUGGAGAACAUUGAGCUCAACAAAAAGAGCAUGUACUCCCGUGUGCCCGAGUGUCAGAUCACCACCUAUUACUAUGUGGGCUUCGCCUAUCUAAUGAUGAGGCGUUACCAGGACGCCAUUCGAGUGUUUGCAAACAUCCUGCUCUACAUCCAGAGGACGAGAAACAUGUUCCAGAGGUCAACAUAUAAAUAUGAGAUGAUCAACAAACAAAAUGAGCAGAUGCACGGUCUGCUGGCCAUCGCGCUCACCAUGUACCCGAUGCGCAUCGACGAGAGCAUCCACACCCAGCUGAGGGACAAGUACGGAGACAAGAUGCUGCGCAUGCAGAAAGGCGACUCGCAGGUGUUUGAGGAACUGUUCAGCUUUGCCCGCCCCAAGUUCUUGUCUCCAGUGGUGCCCAACUAUGACAAUGUGCCCGACAACUACCAUAAGGAACCCUACGAGCAUCAGCUCAACGUCUUCAUCGAGGAAGUGACGCAGCAAGCUCAGCUCUCCACCAUUCGCAGCUUCUUAAAGCUGUACACCACAAUGCCAGUGGCCAAGCUGGCAGGAUUCCUUGACAUGACUGAGCAGGACUUCCGGAUUCAGCUGCUCGUCUUCAAGCACAAGAUGAAGAACUUGGUGUGGACCAGCGGCAUCUCAGCUCUGGAUGGAGAAUUCCAGUCAGCUUCUGAGGUUGACUUUUACAUUGAUAAGGACAUGAUCCACAUAGCAGACACUAAAGUGGCUCGCCGAUAUGGAGACUUUUUCAUCCGACAGAUUCACAAGUUUGAGGAGUUGAAUCGAACACUGAAGAAGACGCCAGCAAGUAGCACCACAACCACAUCUGGAAGCGCCACAAGUCGAUGAAUAAGAACCUGAACAAAGAAGAGGAUUGACUCCUUACCUGUCGUUUUCAGGUCUUGAAAUUUGUUCAUGAAUUUUUUAUGUAAUUUGGAAACAAUAAAUCCACCGAUUCAUGGGCUUACAA